UCAGAUAUAGUGGGAGAAUGGGGUAAAUGGCAAAUGAAUUUGACUAUAUUUGUCUUUAUAUUGAUAGCCCUUUCAGCGUAUACUGACUUGAGUUAUAGUUUUCAUACAUACGAAGUGGACUAUUGGUGUAAAGAUGUUCCCAUCAAUCAUAUGAAUAAAUCGCUUGACUACAGGUGUGUUACAUAUGAUGACCCAAACACACAAUGCAAUCAAUGGGAUUACAACACAACAGAAUUUUACAAAACGAUCAACACUGAGUUUGACUUAGUUUGUAAUCGAGACAACUAUGCAUCGCUCACCCAAUCCUUCUUC